UGUAGAAUUACAAAAAGUAGCUGGGUUUCUUAACCCGUGAUUUCGUCGGAUUUUUCUUCAUUGACGAUUGCAUCAUUACACGUGAAGUUCGCACUUGGAUUAAAAAAAAAUUGUGAAUUAAUAUUUUAUAAAUUGUUUGAAAAGUUAUUAAUUAAUAAACUGAUUAAGAUGUUGGCUGCAUCAAGAUUAUUGACACGCAAUUGCGUUGAAAUUUCUCAAGGAAAGAGAUGUUUUAGUGCAUUAGUUAAAAAUGCCAACUCAACAGCAUACUAUGCACCCAACAACAACAACGAAGUUACUCAAUACAGAUAUAAAUCAGACAAAGUCAGUGGUAAUGUUAUAGGAAUUGACUUGGGUACAACGUUCUCCUGUGUAUCUGUUUGGGAAGGUGGUGCAGCUAAAGUUAUUGAAAAUUCCCAAGGCUCAAGAACAACACCAUCAUACGUUGCCUUUGCUGAAGAUGGUACUCAACUUGUUGGUAUUCCAGCAAAACGUCAAGCCAUCACCAACCCACAAAACACAUUUUAUGCUACCAAAAGAUUGAUUGGACGUAAAUUCAAUGACCCAGAGAUUCAAAAAGAAAUUAAAACAUUGUCAUAUAAAGUUGCUCCAGCAUCAAAUGGAGAUGCCUGGGUUCAAGAUAAAUCUGGCAAAUUACAUUCCCCAAGUCAAAUUGGAGCUGCUGUCUUGAGAAAAAUGAAAGAAACUGCUGAAUCAUAUUUACGUACACCAGUUAAAAAUGCAGUCAUCACGGUACCAGCUUAUUUCAAUGAUUCUCAACGUCAAGCAACCAAAGAUGCUGGUCAAAUUGCUGGUUUAAAUGUUCUCAGAGUUAUCAAUGAACCAACAGCAGCUGCUCUUGCUUAUGGCAUGGACAAAACAGAAGACAAAAUCAUUGCAGUCUAUGACUUGGGUGGUGGUACCUUUGAUAUCUCAGUUUUAGAAAUUCAAAAGGGUGUCUUUGAGGUCAAAUCAACAAAUGGUGAUACAUUCCUUGGUGGUGAAGACUUUGACAACACUCUUGUCAAUUAUUUGGCCAGUGAAUUUAAAAAAGAUCAAGGAAUUGAUGUUACCAAAGAUCAACAAGCCAUGCAACGUCUGAAAGAAGCCGCUGAAAAAGCAAAGAUUGAAUUGUCUGAUGACUCACAGACUGACAUCAACUUGCCAUACUUGACAAUGGAUGCCAGUGGCCCAAAACAUUUCAAUCUCAAACUCACAAGAAGCAAGUUUGAAACACUUGUUGCUGAUUUGAUCAAGCGUACAAUUCAACCUUGUCAAAAAGCUAUCAGUGAUGCUGAAGUCAGCAAGUCUGAAAUUGGAGAAGUACUUCUUGUUGGUGGUAUGACAAGAGUACCAAAAGUUCAACAAACUGUACAAGAAAUCUUCGGUCGUCAACCAUCCAGAGCUGUUAAUCCUGAUGAAGCUGUUGCCAUUGGUGCUGCUGUACAAGGUGGUGUUCUUGCUGGUGAUGUCACUGACGUUCUUCUUCUUGAUGUUACUCCACUCUCACUUGGUAUUGAAACACUUGGUGGUGUAUUUACAAAAUUGAUCACACGUAAUACAACAAUUCCAACAAAAAAGAGUCAAGUAUUUUCAACAGCUGCUGAUGGACAAUCACAAGUUGAAAUCAAAGUACACCAAGGAGAACGUGAAAUGGCUGCUGACAAUAAAUUGUUAGGUCAAUUUACAUUGAUUGGUAUUCCACCAGCACCAAGAGGUGUACCACAAAUUGAAGUCACAUUUGAUAUUGAUGCCAAUGGUAUUGUACACGUAUCAGCUCGUGACAAGGGUACUGGCAAAGAACAACAAAUAUCAAUUCAAUCCAGUGGUGGUUUAAGCAAAGAUGAAAUUGAAAACAUGGUAAGAAAUGCUGAAAAGAAUGCCAAAGAAGAUAAAGUAAAGAAAGAACGUGUAGAGGCUGUUAACCAAGCUGAAAGUAUUGUCCAUGAUACUGAAAGUAAAAUUGAAGAAUUUAGACCACAAUUACCUGGUGAAGAGUGUGAUAAAUUAAAUGGUCUUGUUAGUAAACUCAAAGAAACACUUGCCAACAAAGACAACGCAGAUCCAGAAGAAAUUAAAAAACAAACAAAUGAAUUACAACAAGCUAGUCUCAAGCUUUUCGAGAUGGCAUACAAAAAAAUGGCUGCUGAACGUGAAAGCAACCAAGCUAACCAAGGCAACCAAGAUCAACAACAACCAGAAGGUGAAAAGAAAGAAGAGAAGAAUUAAAAUCGACCAAGGCUUUAUUAAUUCUUCUCACUCAAACCUAUAUUAACUUCUAAUUUCUAUUAUUUUUUUUGCUAAUUUUAUUUGGUUACUCAUUACAAUAAUUACCUGAGUCAAGUCUUGUUAAAUUAGAAGUUGUUAGGUUUCAUCUUCUAUCAACAUCAGCAAUAUCAAAUGUACUUGUUAGUUUUUAAAUUCACUGACAAGUUAAAGUUCCAAAUAUUUUAAUGUCACAAAUUUUUAAAUUGCAGUUUUAAUUUUCAAAAUAUUGCAUAAUUAAAUAAUUCAACUUUUUAUUUCCUUUCUCAACAAAUCAUUACUAUCUACCAGCUGCAAUUUAAAUUUGAAGAUAUUAUAAACAAUCAAUUUAAUUGAUGCUUUUUUUUUUAUUUAUUAAGACUGUAUUUGGCAAAAAAUAUAUUACCAUGUUUUAUUAUUAAGAAUGAAUGUGUAAAGACAAAAAAAAAAAAAAAUACUUUUAAAAUUUGUACAUUCUCCUGAAUGACAAAUAAUGUAUGAUAAUAUCUGAAUUAGAUUAAGAACAAAUUAAUUAAAAACUACGUGUAGAUUAUAUUAAUAAUAAAAUAUAUUAAUUAAGAAAACAAAAAAAAACAAUUGCUAUUAGAUUAUUUUUUUUUUUGUUCGUUUUUUAUUAUUGUAUACAAAAGAUUUUGAAUCUUUUUAUUUUGUGUUUCGUUGUUUAAUAAAAAAUUAAAAUAC